AUGAAUAACGCAACCUAUGGAGUGACUCCUCCGAUAUCCUUUUCAGACCCCACUUCAGCAGAAAGAGAUCUUAAUGAUUCAUUGAUUAAAGAGUUAAAACUAAGAGGAUCUUACGAGAGCGAAUCCGCCACUUUGAAAAGAGUUGAAGUUUUGACCACGCUUCAAAAGCUUACUGAGGAAUUUGUUUACGAAGUUUCUCUCAAAAAAAAUAUGGCACAGGGUAUGGCAAAUGAUGCAGGAGGGAAGAUUUUUACUUUCGGAUCCUAUAGGUUGGGGGUUUAUGGCCCGUCUUCUGAUAUUGAUGCACUUGUGGUUGUACCUCGACACGUCACAAGGGAAGAUUUUUUUGCUACAUUCGAGAAGAUUCUCAGAGGAAGACAAGAACUCGAGGAGAUAAAUAGUGUGAAGGAGGCCUUCGUGCCGAUAAUAAAAUUGGAAUUCGCCGGUAUAUCGAUUGAUUUACUUUUUGCUCGUUUGGAUAUACCUCGUGUUCCUCGUGAUUUGACUCUUGAUGAUAAGAACUUAUUAAGAAACAUCGACGAGAAAGACAUGCGUGCACUUAAUGGAACGCGAGUCACUGAUGAGAUUUUAAGGUUGGUGCCCAAGCUGACAGUGUUCAAAAACGCUUUGCGAUUUAUAAAGAUGUGGGCACAAGAGAGAGCGAUAUAUGCGAACGUUUAUGGUUUCCCUGGUGGUGUUGCAUGGGCCAUGCUAGUGGCCAGGAUUUGCCAGCUUUAUCCCAAUGCUGUUAGCGCUGUGGUAAUAGAGAAAUUCUUUCAAAUUUACUCACAAUGGAGCUGGCCUCAACCUGUUCUUUUGAAGCAAAUUGAGGAUGGACCUUUGCAAGUUAGAGUAUGGAAUCCAAGAUUAUAUCCUACGGACAGACAACAUAGAAUGCCUGUUAUCACUCCUGCUUACCCUUCUAUGUGUGCAACUCAUAAUAUAACCAGCUCCACGCAGAAGAUAAUUUUGGGUGAGUUUCAUAGGGGGGUUGAAAUUAUGGGAGAGAUAAUCGCUGGUCGAAAGCAGUGGUCAGAUUUGCUACAUAGACAUGACUUUUUUCACAGAUACAAGUUCUACUUAUGUGUGGUAGCAGCGACAAAGGCGGAUGCUGAAGAACAUCUCAAAUAUAGUGGUAUGGUUGAAAGCAAACUUAGAUUGCUAGUUCAAAAAUUGGAGCAAGUGGAAGGGAUUGAGUUAGCUCAUCCCUACGUGAAGUCAUUUGAUAACUCAUUUUACUGUAAAUCCGACGAGGAAAUGAUGUCCAUUGUUAAUACGUAUGGAACGUUGCUGGGAGACGAGAUCACUGCUCAUCUCAACUCCUCGAAGAAAGGCGAAAAGCAAGAGAGCGAAAUUGAAUUGAAUUUGACCAAGCUAUACAUUGGCUUGAGGUUGAAUUUAAUCAAGGAUGGUGAGAAAAAGUUGGAUAUUCAGUACCCUUGCGCGGAUUUCUUUUCGAUAUGUAAGAACUGGUCUGAGUUCAACCCGGAUAUACACUUCAUCCAAAUUAAAAACGUUAAAUUGCUGAACUUGCUGUCCGACGUUUACAUUGAGGGCGAACAAAGACCCACGAAGGUAACUAAGAGAAAGCGCUCCCUUACUAAGGAUGAGGGUAAAAAGAAACCUAGAAGCGUCGAAUCCAUAGUACCAACAAGCUAA